CGUCAUCCUCGCCUCUCUGGGCUUUAUUAUUGCUGCUCUUGCUCUUCUGCCUCUUCUGGCUGCUCCCCCUUGAAGCUUAUAUACUACCUCCAUCCCCCUCUCGGUCUUGGUCCAGAUCACUGUCAGACAUACAUUCGACCUACAUAUCAGAGACAUCCCCAGCCCAACCAACCUCAGACAUACAGCUCUCCCGCUGCAGGUCCCUCCCUUCCCCCUCUUCCAUUCCCCAGACACAACAUCAUGUCUGACGACAUCUCCCGCCGCUGCUCUAUCCCGGCCGUCCGUUCCAUCUCCAGUGCUUCCAGUGCCGUCGACAUGAGCGAAGACCGCCGGCUGCCGCCACUUCCCCCCGUGGAGCCCUUGCCCCGGGGCCCCUUUAAUCCUUUCACUUCCAAAAUCUUUGCCGCCAGUCCCUCCCCCGGCUCGCAGGAUGCGUUCCCUGUCAGAUCUCCUUGGUCAGCCACAUCAGAGCCCAUUAUGACCCCGCCGUCUCCCGCCAACUCCGCCGACAGUUCCUGGCCCGAGCCUGCCUCACAGUCCCAGAAACUCAUCGAGUGGCCUCAGGAGCUCACACCCGUGGAGCUCCUGAACCUGAUCGCCCCGAAGCACAUCAGCCGCAAGCCGCCGUUGCAGCAGCUCUGUGGGCGGAAGCGCAAGGGAAACAUGAUCUCCGCAGACCCGGAUGAUCAGCGGGAAAAGCAUCGGAUUGCGGAGGGCAACCGACGCAAAAACCUCAGCCAGCUGCACCGCGAGAUGGAUGGCCGGAUUCAUGACUUCUUUCUUGAACGGGCCGGCUGGAACCCUUCGAAGAGUCUGACGGAAUCCAAGGAGCACAUCGUCCAGGCGGCGAUCUUUCUCAUCGACUUCAUGCUCAUCAUCAUCAUCUACCUGUUGCGCAUGGAGAACGAGGUUCCCCCGCAUCUGGCGGAGAAGCUGCACUCUGAGUUCCACUUCAUGCAGCUGCAGCAGACGGUGUCCAGCCUUCAUCAACAGAACCAAACGGCCCAGCAGCAGCUCAAGGCCGCGAAGCAGGAAAGCCAGGUGUAUCAGGAGCGCAUCCAGGCGCUGGAGCUUCAGGUGAAAUCAUACGAGCACAUGUUCCGGUCGCCCAAGAACGAACACCCGACAUCCCAGCCUCUCACCCACCUCGCUGAGGCGAAGCCUCGCAACAUGCUGCCUGGGAUGCGCGUCUUCUGCGAUGAGAUUGGCGCCAGCGGCCAUGAAUCCUCCCGCCCGGAGCAGUCCAUUCCCAUGGCACACUCCCACUCCUUCGGGCAUCCAUAUAUCUCCCGCUCUCCUCCCAUCACGGGGCCCUCGUCGCCGGCGUUUGCGCACGCAUCGUACUCGGUGCCCGUAUCCCGGCGCCCGUCCUUCAACCAGUCGCCCUGAGUGGGAGAAUCAUUUGACUUCUUGCAUGACUCGCCUGGAGUCAACUGUCAAGCAGCUGUUUGUUUUUCGUUUUCUUUUUUUUUUCUUCUUCAUUUCACACUGGCAUAGCAAGA